AUGAAACUUCUAGUGCUUACCGUACUUCUGGUAGCGACUGUAAAUGCGAGCCCAGCCCCAGUGAAGCCUCAGCUCGGUAACUCCGGUCAAAGCCAAUCGCUUGCCGAUGAGGGAGCAGCACUGGUUGCAGAGUUAAAAGAAUUGAGUGAAAAGGACAUCAAUGCGUACAUGACGGUUCUUCGCGAUCUCUUGUAUGCCUAUCAUCCAUCGGAAAUAGAACAGCCCAGCACAGGAGGAAAAGGAUAUGAGCUUACUCGCGAAGGUUUACAACUGCUUUUGGAUCUUUUUAAACAUGGCAAUCAGGCUGAUCACGACUAUGUUAACAAGCAACUUGCACAGUUCUACCUAGACAGCUUGGAGGGCAAACCUCAUCCAGACUACUUCCCUCAAGUUGCGAAGCCCGCUGGGGAACGAGGUCUUCAGCUGAAUUCCAGAGGGCCCGCUCAUCAGAAAAUACUCCCCUCACAAUAUGCUGGACCGAAAAAUACCGCGCCCACUGGAGAUAAUAUAUUGGUGAGUCAUGGUCGUAUUAUUGCAAUAAGUUGUUGUGACACGUAUGUGAUUACAAUGGGAUUAGUGUAA